AGUGCUUAAGUGCACCUUCUGUUUUCCCGUUGGCUAAUGUCUACUAUUGCUUAUCUAACUAUUCGGCCACGCGUUACUAGCUGGCGCAGAUACGAUAUAGGUGAAUUAAUGAGUUUUAAUGAUUUUAUUCGCAUGUAGAGCAGGACAGAUUCAUCCAGACUCAUGAUUAUAUACACUAGUGACGUCUAUUCCUAUCGGAGCACAGUGCCCUACAUGGAGACCAGCUGAAAUAUUGGGGAUCAGGGCAAACUGAGACAGCAUGUGCACCUUGAUGUCUCGUCGUGAGCUGCGUCAGUGAUCUGAUUAUCACUGAUCCAGUGCCUCUGCCUUGGUGAUCGUUGUGAGCAACUCUCAUCCAGCGAGGUCUUCUGGAAACUUCCAUGGCGGGGGAGAAGGGCGGUCAAAGCACGAUGGAUAUCAAGCGCCUGGCUGGUCUGCUCCAACGUGGGGCGGGCCGAUUGCUGAUCAUCGAUAGUCGGACGUUCUCGGAAUACAAUGCGUCACACGUGCAUGGUGCUGUUAACGUCUGCUGCUCCAAAUUGGUCAAGAGGAGACUUCAGCAGGACAAGAUGUCCGUUUCUGAGCUGCUGCAACCCAACGGAAAGGUCAAGGUUGACCUGGGCCGGAGACAAGAGGUGGUGGUGUAUGACCACAGCACAAAGGACCCUGGUCAGCUCUCCAAAGACAACUUUGUCCACAUUCUCCUGAGCAAGCUGGAUGGCACCUUUCACAGAGUGUCUCUGCUCACAGGUGGUUUUGCAGCAUUCUCGUCCUGUUUCCCAGGCCUGUGUGAAGGGAAACCAGUGGCAACUCUGCCUAUGAGCUUGUCGCAGCCUUGCCUGCCCGUGGCGAAUGUGGGUCCUACACGAAUCCUGCCCCAUCUCUACCUGGGCUCACAGAAAGAUGUACUCAACAAGGAUCUGAUGGCUCAGAAUGGCAUCACAUAUGUGUUAAAUGCCAGUAACACCUGCCCAAAGCCUGAGUUCAUCUCAGAGAGCCAUUUUAUGCGCAUUCCUGUCAACGACAACUACUGUGAAAAACUCCUGCCAUGGCUAGACAAAACCAACAAAUUUAUUGAUGAAGCGAAGGUUUCCAACAGCCGAGUUAUUGUCCAUUGUUUAGCUGGCAUAUCUAGGUCCGCAACCAUCGCCAUUGCUUAUAUCAUGAAGACAAUGGGCUUGUCAUCAGAUGACGCUUACAGGUUUGUGAAGGACCGCAGACCUUCAAUAUCACCCAACUUCAACUUCCUGGGACAGCUGCUGGAGUUUGAGAAAGGUCUGAGGUUGCUGAAGGCUCUGUCUUCAGGUCAGGAGAAGUUGGAGCAGUUGAAGGAAUCUUCAGAGCCUAGAGGAGACUUUUCUGGUGAUCCUGAGAAGGGCCAUCUGGAGGCUGAGAAGGACAGCUUGGAAUUAUAUGCCAAGCUUCCUUCUCCAAACUCCCUCCAGCAGGGUUUUAAUGGUUUGAACCUGUCAGCCGACCGUAUCCUGGACACCAACCGCCUCAAGCGCUCUUUCUCACUCGAUAUCAAAUCUGUCUACGAGCCCAACCACUGUCCUCACCUUGAACCUGUGCAUACAGAGGAUGUUCCCAAACUUUGCAAGCUAGAUAGUCCUGAGGCUGGAGAAGCUAAUGGUGUCUGCCAGUACUCCCCUGGCUUAGCUGAAUCCCCAGGCCUCUUUCCAGAGGGCAGCUCAAGACCUCGUUCACGCCGAAAAAGCAAGCAGAGUGGUAGCAGCACUGGAAGUUCUCCAGUCCACCCGCAUGGCCUACACUUAGGGCGUUCACUCCCUGCACACAAGAGUCCCAGUCUUGAUGACAAUCUGAAACCCUCCCUGCUGCUUAGCCUUCCCACUGUGGGCACUGGGCCCAUGUGGACCAAGCAUAGAGACACCGUACAGGCCACCACCCCUGUCACGCCAACAGGCGAAGCCCCCUGGUUUUACAGCUCAGAGUCAAUGAACAGCAGUGGAGGUGGCGGAGGGGCGGUACACUUUCCAAUGCUGGGCUGCAGCAGUCUCCCAGGACCGUGUGAGGCCGUGCAUCUACGGGAGAAGGCAGGUGAGCCACGAGACUCAAGGGGCAGCUGGCAUGAAGAUGCUCCAACUUCCAGUGCUGCCGAUAAACAGUUCAAACGCCGCAGCUGUCAGAUGGAGUUCGAAGAGGGGAUCUUGGAGACACGUUCAAGGGAAGAAUUGGGAAAGAUCAGCAAGCAGUCCAGCUUCUCUGGAAGCAUGGAAAUCAUUGAAGUAUCCUGACAUCCCCUGCACAGCCCCCGUGGACUUUUACACACAGGUGGACAGGUGCCAGGCCGCCAGCUAUAGGCAAAGAUGACUAAGAGUGAAAAAUUUGUAUGGGCCUGGAAGGCUUUUGUGUAGAAUAUUUAUAUUAGUUCAUAGGCUUGUCAAUAAUGACUGGUUCUCAGAAAUUUGACUUUUUGUCUCUUUUUAAGCCAGUAAUACCGGAUGCAGAUUGACUUUGCUUUUGUCUUUCUACUGUUUUUAAGCCAUAGCCAUCACCAGAUGAGAGGGGGCUGAGACUCAACUGCGGAAUCCAACCAGUUCCCCUCGCUCUUGUAACAAACCCCUUGUUCCACAUAAAUAAAUUAAAAACUUUAUCAGUCUUUUGGUGUAUUGAGAAUCAAGCAUGGCUGUUAUGCUCACACUUGUUUCUUUUAUUUGCCGCCCUGGAAUCAGUGAAGUUACACCACCACAGCACAAGGAGUCAGCACAGACUAAGCCUUGGUCGUACAUGCUUUGACUAGCUUAAUGAAGGCCUCUUUGUACCGUGCUUUGUCCACCAUUUUCCUGCAUCCCAGCAUUCAUGGAAUCCUGGAGGAGGAACCAGGCAUGUCAUGAAGGAAAAGCAUUGUGGGUGUUUUCCCAUAAUGUUCCUCUCUGUCAUUCUUUUUACCCCGAUUUUAGGGUCUUGUCCUUCCCUCCAUUACCCAAAGGGUGAUGCUCGAACUGUUGUGCUACCCAUGUUCCUCUCACCGAGCAUGCUUCAAGGCUUCUGUUUUUCUUACAAAUGAAUAUUAUAAACACUAUACACAAUGAUUUCAGCGGACCUUUAAAUGUUUUUUUGUUUUUUCAUUCUCUAAGUUACAGUUUAUUCUACUGGUUCAUUCUGGUAGUGAGAAAUAAUAUAAAUAUCGUCAAGUUUGUUUCCCCCACUUUUUUAAGUGUUGAUCUUAUUUUUCAGUGAUAUUUACAAAUACACUCGCAAGAUCAAUACGCAACUACAAGCAAUAUGUAUUUUUACUUCUUUAUUUUGUCCUACUUUUUGUUUAUAAGGGAACGAGGUUAUUACAAGGAAUUAUCUGACAAUUAAAUGCACUUUCUGUUGAUUUACGAGGAAAGUUUUUGGAUGUUCUCAUUAAAAGGGUACCACAACGCUUUACAAAGAAAAAAAGUGUGUAACCAAUUGAUGUCCUGUGGUGUGUGUCCAGCCUGCUGGCUUGAAUUAUUAAAGACUUUAAUCCAGCAUGAAUAAUCUAGAAGAAUAUGUAUGAUACCCCCCGCAUUGUAAAAUGUGUAGUGACUUAUUUUGAUUUUCAAGAAAUUGAUUUUGGUAUUAACAAGCACACAAGACAAAAUUAAGGGAAACAAUGACAGGGACUCUAAAGGGGUUUGUCUUUGUCCCCCAUUUAUUCUGCAUAUUUAUGCUUUAUUUAUUGUUUGUUUGGGUCUGACAGUGGGAGGAUGUGUGAAUGAAUGAUAUACAGUAAAUGACUGACAGAUGGACCCUUUGCAGAUGCUCCUACAGACUAGCAUCCUGGAGUGGAGAAAAGCCCCUAACCUUUUCAUUCAUGACUGUAGAGCCAUUUGGAAAAAGUAUGCACAACUAGAUGCAUCUUAAACCUGCCUGAUGGUGCGAUAGAGUUACUGUUUCUGUCAGUAAACUAGUUUCAAUUGGUUAAUAAAAAAGCCGGGCACUGAUGAGAACAGAAUCUGCAAUAGUAACAAUACAUUCUGCUUGCUUUUUUCUCUGGGAGCUAAUGAUGAGUCAAUGCCAUUUCUAUCUCUAUCUCUUUUACUGUCUUUUUCUCCCAUUCUCUCUUAGCACCAAUCUCUCUUUCUCUCAUUUGCUCCCUUUUUAUGUUCCUCUCAUAUUCUCUAGAAUGCUCCAAAGUUUAAAUAUAACUCAAGAAAGGGUAUGUGUGUGUGCAGAUGUGAAUGGAAUUGCCCUUUUGCUGGGAUAUAGUUCAGCAUUUUAUUUAUGUCUGUAUUUUUCAGUUAGCUUUUCUGUAUGGCAAACAUUUGAUCUUGUAUUUGUGCUGCUGUAAGUUCCUUUUUUCCUUGUGUGAGACAUUACCUGUCUUUCCUUUUCCUUCCCUGAACUAUAUUUUUUAUAGUCAUUGAUAUCAUUAUUUAAAACAUGUAAUAAAAAGAUGCAGGCUGUCCUUUGUUUGCUGAAAUUGUUAAAUAGUUGGCAACUAAUUAUUAUUAUUAUUAUUAUUAUUAUUAUUAUUAUGUUGUGUGAAUAGCAUCGUAUCACCAAAACUAAUUGAUAUAGGGAUUUUUUUUAAGAGAAAAUCUUGAUACCUUAGGCUGCUUGACGCAAAAUACCUCAGGUUCUUUUGAAAGGCUUGUUCCUCCCCAUGUACCCAUUUUGUGACUAUGAAACAAAAUACAAACAUUACA